ACUAUGUCGGCCAGCCUGGAAAACACACUGGGAGCUCCCCAAGUUGUGCAGAUCAAAAGAAGCUCCAACAGCCAACCCUACCCACCUCCACUCAUCAACAUCAAGGCUGCCGAAGACUGUUUUGUUGUUGACUGUUAUGGAAGAAAAAUAUCAUUCCCAAGUUUGUACGAGAAGAGUAAAGCUAUCCUGAUUUUUGUCAGGCAUUUUCUGUGUUAUGCCUGCAGAGAGUAUGUGGAGGACUUAGCAAAAAUUCCACAGAAAUAUCUGGAGGAUGCUGGUGUCAGACUAAUAGUCAUUGGACAAUCCACCCAUGACCACAUACAGGGUUUUUGUGCACUAACUGGAUAUACUCAUGAAAUUUACACUGAUCCAACCAGAGACGUUUAUAAAAGUUUACAAAUGAAACAAGGAGAAACAUUCCAUCAAGCUGUCAGGAGUCCCCACAUUAAAUCAAGUACAUUGACUGGAAUCUUUAAGAGUAUGUGGAACGCAAUGAAGAGCCCGGUAUUUGAUUUUCAGGGUGAUCCAGGACAGCAAGGUGGAGCUUUGAUCGUCGGACCAGGAGAUAAACUUCACUUUGGACAUCUUGAUUUAAAUAGGUCCGAUCAUGCACCCAUCAACUUAUUGCUGCAGCUGGCAGGAGUUAAAACUGUGGACUUUUCCAAUAAGGCUGAGGUCAUUGACAUUUGAAACAAUAUUAAUACAAAGGAAAAACUGAACACCAUUCUAUUCAACACAGGCUUAUAGUUUUUCAAAUAACUUUAGCUCUCAUAUUUUUAUUAGCAGAAAUUAAGUCCAUCAACAAUAUUUAUCAUAUUCUAAGAGAAACACAUUGAUUAAAUAUCUCAACUUAUUAAACAUUAUCUGUGGAGGUUUUGGAUAUUUAUGUUCUUCUGGCAUAAAGUACAAAUCCAUGAUUGAGUAAACAUGAGGAAUUCUGCAGAUGCUGGAAAUUC